CGUAAAGUUGUAAUGAUUAAAAGCAAGUUCGCGAAGCAACUGCCAAUCUUUAGAAAUGAAUUGCAAUGGGGGGUCGUCUUUGGGUGGUGAACAUAGAUCAGAUAUCUUUAUGGAUAUUAAACCAAUUAUUACAUAUGCAGGAGAUGAUAAAUUAUUUUCUACAUUGGAAAAUAGUUUGUUUCAAGCCAUAUCUGCUGAUAUGGUAGAAUGGCGUAGAUCAUUUAGUAGACCAAUUAAACAAGUUAAAUUAGGAGCAACAUUUUUGCCAUUUUCCAAAGAUAUUUUACCAACUGAGAAAGAUUGGCAUCUUAUAAAACAGCCAAUAUUUCAUAUUUAUUGGACUGAAUGUUCUGAUGUAGAUACUUAUAAAUCAAAUAUCAGGGAAGACAUAGAUAAUUGGUUGAAGAUAUUAACACAAUAUCACAUUCAAGAUUGGAUGAUUAUUAUAGUAGAAACUUAUGAUAUAAAAAAAACUAAUAAAUUAUUACCAAGAACAACAGUUUUAGAUAAAAUUCGUAGUGAUUUUGCUGCAAAGAAUGGUGAUAGAUGUUGUGCUGUUAUAAAUCCAAUAAAAUCAGAAAUGCGAUCAGCUGAAUCAUGGAGAAGUUUAAUUAACCGUAUACGUUAUUUAAUGCUUGUUGCAUAUGAUAAAAGAUUAUCUCAUUUUGAAGAUAUUAUUAGAGAACAAAGAGAAAAUAGAAAUCAUCCAAAUUGGAAUUUUUGUCAUUAUUUCUUAUUACAGGAAGAGCUUGCAUUUGUUUUACAAAUGUUAGGAUUAUAUGAUGAAGCAUUAGUACAGUAUGAUGAAUUGGAUGCUCUUUUUACACAAUUUGUUCUUAAUUCCAAUGUAGGAGAUACACCAAUUUGGUUAAAUUUAUUUCAAACUCCAUUAAACAAUUGGGGUGGUGUUAAUUUAAGUAAUGGUAUAAAUCAUCAUUUAAGAAAUCUUUUGGCUGAAUGCAAAGCAUCAUUAUUAGAUCUUAGAAGUUACUUAUUCAGUAGACAGUGUGCCAUGUUAUUAUCACUUAACAAACCAUGGGAAGUUGCGCAAAGGUGCUUAUCAUUUGUUCAUAAUACAUUAAGCGAAUUACGUAUAUUAGAAGUUCAACGACCUGAAGGGUCUAUUGAAUGUUGGUCUUUUCUUUGUGCAUUAGAAGUAUUGCAAGCUUGUCAAUUAUCAUCUUAUAAUAUCGAUAAUAAUCAACAAUUGGAUCUUUGCUCCUUACAUACAGCUAGUUUAUGGGCUCUUGCUAGAGAUAAAUUGGGAAAUUUAGGAAAAUUAUGUGGAUUAAUGCCAGGAAAUGAACCAUCUAGUGAACAGUUACAUACGGUUGUUUAUUUAAUAGCUGGUAUGGGAGAUUCUGAAUCACAUUUAGAGGGUAAAUUAACACCUACUGAUAAAUUAAAAGAAGCACUUUCAUCAAAAGAAGCAUUUAAAAAACAAUAUCUUGAACAUGCUGAAUUGGCUAUGGGUACCUAUAAACAUGUAGGUCGAAUUCGAUCAGCCAGAUUAAUUGGGAAAGAAUUAGCUCAAUUUUAUAGUGAGCUUGGGGAAAACCAAAAAGCUGUUGCAUUUUUAUCAGAUGCUUUAAAAACGUAUACUGAUGAAGGUUGGAGUCAUUUAGGAGCUCAAACUCAACUUGAAUUGGCACAAUGCUACAAAAGAAUGGAUGAUGUUGAGAAAUAUACAAAAAUAUGUGCUGCAAUUGCUAGUUUAGAUGUAUUACAUAUUACUGUACGAAAUACCUAUUUUGAAGAAAUGUUUGGAUAUAUGAAAAUGAUCUCAUCGCCACAACCUUUAUUCAUAGAAUUUGGAUGUGCUUUUGUGAUACAUAAUAUGGAAAUUAAAGUGAUGGAUAAAAUUGUUCAAGACUGUGUAGUUAAUAUUGAAAUAAAUAUACAAAGUUUAUUUCCUAGAGAAGUAAAUUGCACUAAAGCAUCUAUAUCUGUUGAAGAAAUUCAAAAACCUUUAAUAUCUAAUAAAAAAAAAGGUUCAAAAUUAACACCUGAACUAUUAAUACCAUUGUUAUCAAAAUGUACUUUAGAAGAUAUGAAACCAUUUGAUCCAAGUUUACUUCAAUUACAAGUAUAUUCAUAUUUAGAUUAUAAAGAAGAUAAAAGUCUCGGAUCUGCUAGUGUUAUACAUAAAAACACUAAGCCUAUUGUAAGACGUUCUGAUAGUACAAAACAUAGAAAACCAUCUGUAAAUGCAAAAGGUGAUUUUAGCAAAGCGUUAUUAUGUGAUGAAUUCAUUGUAAAACCAGGUAUGAACACAUUUACAUUAACUAGACGUGUUGAUCAACCUGGUUUUUACAAAGUUGGUCAAAUAUCAUUAGUUAUUGAAGAAAAAUUGGAAUUUUUAUCUCCUAUUUUAAAUCCUCGAUUGUGUUACGAAGUAGCUAAAACUCAGCCUAUAAUUUCCAUGAAAUGUGGUAGAGAUUUAUUGGCAGGCCUUAUUCAAGAUAUAGAACUAGUUAUUAUGAGUGGAAGUAUAAAAAUAACAAAGGAAAUGAAACUUAAAUUACGUACGUCUAGGGGAUUAAUAAUAAAAGUUGAUAGCUCACAAGAAAUAAUGUCUAAAGAAUUAGAAAUAUCACUGCCACUUUGUGAGCCAUUUCAAACAAUACAAUUAAAAUUUAAAGUUUUAGCCGAAUUACCACCAAAGAAAGAUUCAUUAUCAAUAGAACAUAAGUUGAAUAUACAAUGUCCAUGGGGUUUAGAAGAAAGCAUUCCUUUACAUUUUGGUCCACCACUUAUGUCAAAUAUGAAACUUCAUACAGCAAAACAAAGAAAAUUUCUUCAAAUAAUUGUAACAGGAUUAACAAAUCAUCUUCUACAAUUAAUUGAACCAGAAUUAACAACAGUAACAUCAAUAGAUGUUAAUUUUAAAAGUUUAAAUCCUAUUGCUGGUCAAAGAUUAGUAAUAGGUAAUGGAAUAAAUGUAUCAUUUAUGUGGGAACUUGAAAUUGGUAAAGAUGAAAAGUCUUUGAUGCCAAUUAAGACUGAUUUUCGUGUAAAAUAUAUAUCAAUCAAUGAUACUGAAAAUCUAAAUGAUUCACAUACUAAUGAUGAUCCUUUGCAAAUUCAUAAUUUACAAAGAAUGGAAAAAGCAUCCAGUCUUUACAGAUGCAAUUUUGAUAUUACAGAUUAUGUGACUUUAUUUACAGUGUCUUCAAAAGUUGAAGCAGCUGGAAAUGGAGGUGAAUUUUGUCGUGCUGGUAGCAUGUGCCAUCUUUAUCUUACAGUAACACGUAUGUUACCUAGUCCAAAUCCAAAUCCUUCACCACAAUUAAUGUAUGAGGUUCUUGCUGAUCAAGCUAUGUGGGCUGUGUGUGGUCGUACUGCUGGUAUUGUGUCUUUGGAAGUAUUAGAAAAACAAAGUGUCACAUUGGACGUGAUGCCAUUAACUAGUGGUUAUUUACCUCUUCCUAUUGUUAGAUUGUCUCGAUAUAUUCCUGCACCAGAAUCAAAAAGUGAUAUGAUUCGUAAAAGUGAAAUAGUUUCUAGUUCAAGACUAGAACCAUUUAGUCCUGGUCAAGUUUACAAUGCUAGUAAAGCACAGCAAGUUCAUGUUUUACCAGCAGCACCUUCAGAAGCAAAUUGAAUGCAGAUAUUGGUAUUAAAAAUGUAUAAUACAUCUAUGGCAUUAUUAAGUGCAAAUUGUAUGUAUAUUUAUCAAGUCAGUUUUUAUGUUCUAUUUGGUAUAUUUCUAUGAUACUAAUUAAUAUUAUUAUUAUUAAUUUAUUAAUUACUUUAUUAAGCUUGUUUAUGUUUUUAUAUUUUU